UAAAUUGCUACAGUUUUUUUUUUUUACUUUUCCGCGUGACGUAGGGUCACAGUUGGUUCAUUACAUCGCGUCCUUUUGUUGGCCCAGUAGCCGCGGCGCUUGUGUUGUUAUUUUCUCUACAACUGAAAUUUUGAAGUCAUAUUUCGUUUGGGGAUUUGUUUUUUGGCCUUGUGUAUUGUCAGUCGCGUGUCUCUCAUCUGUACAAUUUCUUGUCCUUAACUAAAAUUAACCUAGUAAUGGACUCGGACGAGGGUUACAAUUAUGAAUUCGACGACGAGGAAGAGGAAUGCAGCGAAGAUAGCGGAGAAGAGGAGCCCGAAGACGACACCCUGGAGAUCGGAGAUGUGGAGCUGGUCGAUCCCGUCGUGGCCGGUGGUGAACGGGACGAGUGCGCGGACACCGGGAGCAGUAGCCUCGGUCCUAGCCAAGAUGAAGAGGACUACCGUUUCGAAGUGUUGACUGCCGAACAGAUCCUCCAGCAUAUGGUGGAGUGUAUCAGGGAGGUCAACGAGGUCAUCCAGAAUCCUGCAACCAUCACAAGAAUACUUCUCAGCCACUUCAACUGGGACAAAGAGAAGCUGAUGGAAAGGUACUUUGACGGGAACCUGGACAAGCUGUUCUCAGAAUGUCACGUCAUAAACCCCAGCAAGAAGUCUCGGACACGACUGAUGAACACGAGAUCUUCAGCACAGGACAUGCACUGUCAGAUCUGCUACCUGAACUACCCUAAUUCGUACUUCACUGGCCUGGAGUGUGGACACAAGUUCUGCAUGCAGUGUUGGGGGGACUACUUAACAACCAAAAUCAUAGAGGAAGGAAUGGGACAGACCAUUUCCUGUCCUGCUCAUAACUGUGACAUUCUGGUGGAUGACAACACCGUAAUGAGGCUGAUAACAGAUUCAAAAGUGAAGUUAAAGUACCAACACUUAAUAACCAAUAGUUUUGUACAGUGCAAUCGACUGUUGAAAUGGUGUCCGGCUCCAGACUGCCACCAUGUGGUUAAAGUGCAGUACCCUGACGCCAAGCCCGUCAGAUGCAAUUGCGGACGCCAGUUCUGCUUCAGUUGUGGCGAGAACUGGCACGACCCCGUCAAGUGCAAGUGGUUGAGGAAAUGGAUAAAAAAGUGUGACGACGACAGCGAGACCUCCAACUGGAUCGCAGCGAACACGAAGGAGUGUCCCAAAUGCCACGUCACCAUUGAGAAGGACGGCGGCUGUAAUCACAUGGUGUGCCGGAACCAGAACUGCAAAGCGGAGUUCUGUUGGGUCUGCCUGGGGCCCUGGGAGCCUCACGGCUCAGCCUGGUACAACUGCAAUCGCUACAACGAAGACGACGCCAAGGCGGCGCGAGACGCCCAAGAGGUAACCACAGCUGCCCUGCCGUUGCAGCGUUCCCGGGCGGCCCUGCAGCGCUACCUGUUCUACUGCAACCGCUACAUGAACCACAUGCAGAGCCUGCGCUUCGAGCACAAGCUCUACGCCCAGGUCAAGCAGAAGAUGGAGGAGAUGCAGCAGCACAACAUGUCCUGGAUCGAGGUGCAGUUCCUCAAGAAGGCCGUGGACGUGCUCUGCCAGUGCCGCUCCACCCUCAUGUUCACCUACGUCUUCGCUUUCUACCUCAAGAAGAAUAAUCAGUCCAUUAUCUUCGAGAACAAUCAGGCAGACCUGGAGAACGCCACUGAGGUGUUGUCUGGAUACUUGGAGCGGGACAUUUCCCAGGAUUCCUUGCAGGACAUCAAACAGAAAGUGCAGGAUAAAUACAGAUACUGUGAGAGCCGGCGGAGGGUGCUGCUGCAGCACGUGCAUGAAGGCUACGAGAAGGACCUGUGGGAGUACAUAGAGGACUGAGCCCCUGCCCCGCCCACCCUGAUUCAACACGCCCCCCUCGCACCACAAACUCUCUGAGCGCAACCUGGCGACAAGCGCUGCCAUGGCGACGCUGCGCUGCACCAGCCUCUGCUGUUACUGCUGGUCUUUGACUCCACCCCCCCUCCCCCCAAAUUCUUUUUCAUGGAAUUAAAAUAUAUUGAAAUAAAAUAUAGAAUAUUAAAAAUAUUAAUUGUACAACAGUAUUGUUAGCAGCAGAGUUGGAGAGUGACAAUUGAAACCACCAACCUCCCCCCCAGUCCCCCCUUCCUUUUCUCUGGCUUGUACUGUGACUUUUUUUUUUUUUUUUUUGUAACUGCCUUCUUUUCUUUUUUUGGUAUGACUUUUGGUUCUCUUUAGAGAUUAUUUUACAUCUCCCUGUGUGCAGAGGAAAGGACUUUGCUUUCAAAAAGGCUUUCGGAGUCCUGACCAUUUCGGCCGACUGUGGUGAGACCUCCUGUAGGGUCGAUGAAAGUGGAUCGGCUGAAUUUGGGACAAAACUUUUUUGGUAAAAAAAGAAAAUGAGGGGAAAAAAAAAAAAAAACGAAAUCAGUAUUUUCAAUUUGUAAAUAAGGCAUAUGCAUGGAAGUUUAACCGCAAGCGUGGCACGUGUUUGCAUAAUUCUUAAAAUUUAAAAUAUUUAUUCUUUACAAAAUAUUCGAGAAGAUGUAUAUUUGCUGUGUAGAUUAAGUAUUCCUCCCUGUUUUUUAUGUUGGAAGCGAGGGUAACUGGGGGCUGGCCAGAUUAAAUAAAUUUAACCCCAGACUACACCGCCUACUUCACCCACUACCGCACCAUGCUCUGAAACAGUAAACGAUCAGUGCUUCAGUACAAAGAGCAGCUGCACUUCAGUACAAAGAGCAAAGAGCGACAGUGCUUCAUUACAAAAAGCAAGAGUGCUUCAGUACAAAGAGCAAAGAGCGAGAGUGCUUCAGUGCAAAGACCAGCAGUGCUUUAGAGCAAAGAGCUGCAGUGCUUCAGUGCAACGAGCAGCAUUCAGCACAAAAAGCAAGGAGCCGCAGUGCUUCAGUGCAGAGCAGCAGUGCUUCAGCACAAAAGGCAAGGAGCCGCAGUGCUUCAGUGCAGAGCAGCAGUGCUUCAGUACAAAAGGCAAGGAGCCGCAGUGCUUCAGUACAAAAGGCAAGGAGCAGCAGUACUUUAAUGCGAAGAGCAGCAGUGCUUCAGUAAUGAGCCAAGAGCAGCAGUGCUUCAGUAAUAAGAGUCAAGAGCAGGAAUGCUUCAUUAAUAUGCCAAGAGCAGCAGUGCUUCAGUAAUAAGAGCAAAGAGCAGCUGUGGUUCAGUACUUAGAGCAGCAGUGCUUUAGUACAAAGAGCUUCAGUGCAAAGAGCAGCAUUGCGGAAGGAAUUCUAGCGAAUUGAGCUACGAGUCAGUCUCAUAGUAUCAGUUACUGCUGUUAAAUCUGGAUUUAAAAAAAUGUGAAAAUAGAGAGCACUGGUGUGGUAGAUAUAACUGAGAAUGAGGCAUGAUGGGAUAUGCCAGCCCUACAGCUGCUUUAGUCACCCCCUCCGCCCUCCCCCCCUCCCUCCAGUCCCAGUAGUUUAUCAUUUAACCCUGAAUCCACAUACUGUUUUUUUUAUGUAGCUGCAGUUUGAAAAUGACACUACAGUUGUUUCAUGAGAGCCAAAUUGAGUGAUAUUCACUCACUGAAAAAGUACUUUUUGUUUUUGUUUGUUGUCCGCAGACUGCUUUGAGGCUUUUCUCGUGUGGUUUUGUAAGCACCUUUGGGGGGUGGGGGUGGUAAAUGUGCCCAGGGGGCAUUGUAAUAAUGGCAUGUACUGAAAGCACUGUUGUACAAGUCAGUUGGUGGCGUGGUUUCAGGCUGGGGCUGUGGAGCUGGCAACGGCAAGACGGGGGUAAUAAAAUAUAGGACAGAUGAUCCUGAUAUUACCCGAGAACAGAAUAACUCCUCCCAAUCACAGAAUAUGUUGGUGACUUCCUAUAAGGAUGUUGAAGGUGAUUGGUGGAUACUUUGCAGGUACUUCCUGGUAAUUCCUACAGGGAUCCCUGAAGAAUAGUCAAAAGUAUCCACCAAUCACUGUAAACACUGUAACCAACAUUCCAUGAUUGGUGAAAGCUCCUGUGUUCUUCCAGUAAGGUGAUGUCAAGACUACUUUCGCCCUGCUAGAUUAUCCCUGCGACCAGAUGCAUCUUUGCUCCUUCCUGUUUUGUGUUUGUUUUUGGUUUUUUUUUUAAACGAGUCUCCACAGUAAGGGGCUGGAGGAACAGUCGCGGGCCUUUCCUUCUCACACAGGAAGAUUGCUUUACACGCUUCAGCGCUAUCGCAUUUAACGUGAGCCGUGUUUACACAGGAAUGUACAAAAUCGGGACAUGCCAAUCACCUUCUCUAGGCUCCUCCCCAGGUUAUAUUUUGUAUCAGCAGAGAAGAACCUCCCCCGCCCUGUCCUGCACAUGACCCCAGAAAGGAUCCCCCCCCCCCCAUGUAAAUGGGUAAAGGGGGAAAUAUGCCGCAUAUAAUGCUGGUGGGGGCUGGCAACGUUAAAAAAAUGUCUCCUUUCACCAAAGUGUGAACCGCCUAGUCCACAUUAUAUUACUCAGUUUUUGAGGCUUUCUGGAAACAGGAGGGGAGACCUAGUUGCUUUUAUGUGUUAUAACUGUUCUUACAUACAAAAAAGAAGGAAAAACCUGACUGUACUAUUUAAAUAAAUGUCAUUAAAAUAUCUUCUAAUUGGGA